AUGGCAGAGCCAAGACCGUACUAUAUUCCUUCUUCAACUUCAUCCAAGUCUAAUACUAAACGAUAGAAUAAUACUCAAUAGCAAUCUAAUUAUGAAGCACUGCUUUCUCAUUUUAGCCAAACUAAGAGCAAUUCUAAUAAAAUUACAAAAGCUUAGACAUCGAUUAUUUAAUAUGACAAAUAUUAUGUUCAACAAUUGCAAUAAUAAAUAACAGAUUUAAAAGAGCAAGUGAAUUUUUUGGCUUUAGAAAAUCAGAGAUUGAAGUAGAGCCAAGACAAAUCAUUAAAAAGGAUAAAAGAGCAAUAUCAUCAACUAACUAAAUUUAGCAAUAUCGUAUAAUUAGUUUAGCAAUUGAAAAUAGAAAAUCUAGCUCUCAAAUAAAAUGUUUAAUCUCUUAAGUUAGAUUUUAAUAUUCAAAUGCAUCCGUUAAGGCAAUUGUAUAAUCACAUCCUUCAAAUACCAAAGUAAUAAAUCAAUGACAUUAUGUAAUUGAGGUUAGAAUAGCAAGAAACUUUAAUAUCUCAACAGAAAUGCAAGGUUGAGGUUCUCAAUUUAGAACGCACUCAACUUUUAGAAUUAUGUUCGAAACAAGAAGGAGAAUUUAUUUCAUAUUUGGAAAACAAAAUUCACACAUGA